AUGAGGCUUCUCUUGGCAUUGGCUGUGCUGUUUUCCUGCAGUGAAUUCGUGGUGCAUGGGAGUCUCUUGGAGUUUCGCAAGAUGAUCAAACAAGCAACUGGGAAAAGUGCUCUACCGAAUUAUACCACCUAUGGAUGCCACUGCGGUGUGGGAGGCAAAGGAACGCCUAAGGAUGCAACCGAUUGGUGUUGCCUGCAUCACGACUGCUGUUACUCACAGUUGAUGGCUCAAAAAUGUCAUGUCAAAACUGACAGAUACCAUUACACUUACAGGAGAGGAGUCAUAACGUGCGGUCCAGACAGCUGGUGUAAAAGGAGCAUCUGUGAGUGUGACAAGGCCGCUGCGUUGUGCAUGAAGCGCAACUUACAGAGCUACAACAAGAAGUAUCGCUUCUACUCCAACAUAAAGUGCACAGGGAGAAAGCCAAGGUGUUAA